AGAAUUUCAAAAUUUUAUCCUAGUAUAGCUCGAUCAAAUCAAAACUUCAAAAGCUUGUAACAUUGUUUGAAACAAGUUUCUAUAUUUAGAUUCGAUAAAUUCAUGUUGUAGUAAAAGGAAAAAACACGUCUUUUAUUUUCUUUUUAACAACAAUAUGCUAAACAUAGCUUGUUCGAGUAAUCCUCUCUGCCAUGAAUUUUUUCUAACUACUUCUGUUUCUCUUCCAGACAAAACAACGGAGAUUGAGAAGAAAGAAAAAAACAGUAACCUCAUUGUAGAGAAAACAAACUAAACAAAAUAGAAAGAAAAGAAAAGAAAAGCCUACCUUUAGAUUCUUGUCUUGCCUACAUUUUUUUUGCUUCUUGUUGUUCCAUGCAAGUCUUGUUUUGAGUUUCCAUGGUUAGGUUAUAGAGAAAAUAAGAUAUAGAGCUUCCAAUUUGUUUCCAGGCAUAAAAGUGAUCAAUCACCCUCUUGAUCUUCGCUCUUGCGAUUUUUCCUUGAGCCAGAGAGUUUAUACCCGUUGAUGUGUCAGCCAUGAACGGGAAAACUCGAGUUCUCUUUUUCCUCUUGCCUCUCACGCUUCUCCUGAUAUCUCCAACUAGAUGUAACGGUCAGGAUUUCGCGCUGGGCUGCGGGGCAUCAGAAGCUUCGACUGACCCAGACAAGAAAAAAUGGGAACCAGAUACAAAGUUUCUAAAGACAGGAAACUCAGUUCACGCAACAGCUACAUAUCAAGACCCUUCACUUCUCUCAACAGUUCCUUAUAUGACAGCCAGAAUCUUUACGGCUCCAGCAACUUAUGAAAUCCCGGUUAAAGGAGACCAAAGAUAUUUCCUCCGGUUACAUUUCUACCCAUCAACGUACACUGGUCUCAACAUUUCAAACUCGUAUUUUGCUGUGGCUGCUAACGAUGUUAUCCUAUUGAGCAAUUUUAGCGCUGAGAUUACGUGUCAAGCUUUGACACAAGCUUAUCUGGUUAAAGAAUAUUCUCUUGCACCCACCGCCAAAGAUGUUUUGAGCAUCACAUUUACCCCAUCAGACAAGCAUAAAGACACAUUCGCCUUUAUAAACGGUAUCGAGGUGAUUCAAAUGCCAGAACUGUUUGAUACGGCGGUUCUUGUUGGUUUCGCAGAUCAGACAGUUGAUGCCAAGACAUCAAAUCUUCAGUCAAUGUUUAGGCUUAAUGUUGGUGGUCAAGACAUCCCUGGAAGCCAAGACUCUGGUGGGUUAGCAAGAACUUGGUACAACGAUGCACCUUACAUCUUUAGUGCGGGUCUUGGUGUUACACUUCAAGCAAGCAACAAUUUUAGGAUCAAUUACCAGAAAAUGCCGGUGUCUGUAGCUCCAGCUGAUGUAUACAAAACAGCAAGAUCUCAAGGCCCAAACGGAGAUAUCAACCUCAAAUCCAAUCUUACAUGGAUGUUCCAAAUUGAUAAAAACUUCACUUACAUCUUUAGACUUCAUUUCUGUGAAUUCCAGCUUUCCAAGAUCAACCAAAAAGCUUUCAACAUUUACAUCAAUAACAGAACAGCGCAAGCAGAUACCACUCCUGCAGAUAUAAUAGGAUGGACUGGAGAAAAAGGAGUCCCUACUUACAAAGACUAUGCAAUAUAUGUUGAUGGUAACAACGGAGGUGAAGAGAUUACACUUCAGAUGACUCCAUCAACGUUUGGUCAACCGGAAUAUUAUGAUUCACAGCUUAACGGGUUAGAGAUUUUCAAGAUGGACACCAUGAAAAAUCUUGCGGGUCCAAACCCACAGCCGUCUCCUAUGCAAGCUGAGGCAGAGGUUAAAAAAGAAUUCAAAAGCGGAAAGACAACUGCUUUCAUCAUUGGCUCGGCAGGAGGAGUUGCAGCGGUUUUACUUUGUGCUUUGUGUUUCACGGUAUACCAAAAGAAACGGAGAUAUCAAGGAGGCGAUUCUCACACAUCAAGCUGGCUUCCUAUAUAUGGAAACUCCACCACAUCAGGAGCCAAAUCAACCAUCUCAGGGAAGAGCAACAACGGAAGUCACUUAUCCAAUCUUGCAGCAGGUUUAUGCCGUAGAUUCUCUUUGCCUGAAAUCAAACACGGAACUCAAAACUUCGAUGAUUCCAACGUCAUUGGAGUUGGAGGUUUUGGUAAAGUCUACAAAGGAGUUAUAGACGGCACAACAAAAGUGGCGGUNAAAAGAUCAAACCCAAACUCAGAACAAGGACUCAACGAGUUCGAGACAGAAAUAGAACUUCUCUCAAGACUAAGACACAAACACUUAGUCUCAUUGAUAGGAUACUGCGAAGAUGGAGGAGAAAUGUGUCUCAUAUAUGAUUACAUGGCACUUGGAACACUCCGUGAACAUCUAUACAACACAAAGAAACCACAGUUAACUUGGAAACGAAGGCUAGAGAUAGCAAUCGGAGCAGCUAGAGGAUUACAUUACCUUCACACAGGAGCAAAGUACACGAUCAUACACAGAGACGUGAAAACAACUAACAUCCUCGUAGAUGAGAACUGGGUAGCUAAAGUUUCAGACUUUGGGUUAUCAAAAACAGGACCAAACAUGAACGGAGGACAUGUAACAACCGUCGUCAAAGGUAGUUUCGGAUAUUUAGAUCCUGAAUAUUUCAGAAGACAGCAACUGACUGAGAAGUCAGAUGUUUACUCAUUCGGAGUUGUCCUGUUUGAAAUCUUGUGCGCAAGACCAGCGCUGAACCCAAAUCUGCCCAAAGAACAAGUGAGUCUCGGAGAUUGGGCAAUGAACUGCAAACGUAGAGGAACACUAGAUGAUAUAAUAGAUCCGAAUCUGAAAGGGAAGAUCAAUUCGGAGUGUUUGAAGAAAUUUGCAGACACGGCGGAGAAGUGUCUCUCAGACAGUGGAUUAGAACGGCCGACGAUGGGAGAUGUUUUGUGGAAUCUUGAAUUCGCGCUUCAGCUUCAAGAAACUGCCGACGGGACUCGUCGGACUCCGAAUCGUGGAGGAAGCUCCGAGGAUGUCGGCGAUGGAGGAGGCAUGGCGGCGGUUAACGUUGCCGGCAGAGACGACGUGAGUGAUCUUUCUUCGGAAGAUAGCAGUGGAAUCUUCUCUCAGAUUGUAAAUCCUAAAGGGCGAUAAGGU